GAGCCUCAGCGUGGUCACGUUUUGGACAAUCCUUUUGAAGAAACGCAAGAGAAGGGCUGCGGUGAAGCAAUGGCACCCCGCAUACGACUGACUAUAUCAAAGCCUCUCCCAACCAUCUGUGAAACCCAGGAGGAAGUUUUAGAAGAAGUAACCAGCAAUGCAAAAGGCUUUGGGAGCUUCUCUAUCGACUCAGAUUCUUGUUCCAGUGACGACUACCUUCAAUCUAUCUGUCAUUUAGCAAGACCCACCUUCCCAGUGCUUCCUGAAAACAACUGUGUGUUUCAAGACAAGAAGGUAUUAGAAACACUCCAAAGAGUGUCCUGGUUCCCAAAGCUGGCAGUGGUACAGCAAGUCAUUCCAAAGUGCAAACUGACCAACAUCUUCUCAGACAUGAUGUCUUUAGAAAAAGUUAGUUUAGGACUUGACAAUGCAAAGCUAUACCCCUGUACCAGGGCUGAUCCACUAGAACAGUUGUACGCACAAGCGGAGAAGACACGACACUACAGGGGUUCUGUUUAUGGUGAAAGCUCUAGCACUGAUGACUCACAGUGUAGGGGGGAUGAAAUUCAUCCAUCCACCCCUCAAGAAAAAACAGAAAAACAAGAUCUAGCUGGGGUAUUCCGUUUUCCAAGGCUUCCCUCUCCAAGACCAACAGAGAGAGAAAAUAGCUGCCCAGAGCAGAAGUGUCUGAAAAGCAAUAAGAUAAUGGCGGUUUCUGAAAAUGAUCAAACUCAGAAAGAAAACUGCACCAUAUUUAUUGAUGGUAAACGGAUAUGGCCACACCCACCCAGAGAGAAACAGCAAGGAAACAAGGGUUUGAGCUGCCCCCUACGAAGACAAUGUGCUGUGUUCAGAACAGCAGGUGGCACUGAAAAAGAAGAGCUGAAAUCUUCUAGCGAUAACAAAACUGUGAAGGGAGAGGUACUUAAUAAGCAACGUUACCCACAAUGCUUUCAGGUAGAUAAAAAAGCCAUGAUCCACAGCUGGAUCUCUGAGUGCAAGUGUGCCUGGAAAGGAGCAAAGGUUAAAGGUUGCCUACUUCCUGCCAUCACAGAAAUAUGAAAACGUGAUGCUGAGUAGCUGCAUCUUUUGCAAGACAUUGUGGCCACAGCUGUCUUAAAUCCCUCCCUGCUACCUGCAUGUGUUGUGCAGAGAAGAGGGGUGCAGUAUACGUGGUUACAAUGAAGCAGAUACAUUUGUGAUCCAUUACAUCUCUCACCUAUGUGCAAACAGGCAAUAGAUCUACUAACGUGGCUAUGCUUUAAAAAAGGAGAGCUCUAAAGACCCAACUGCUGAGUCGGCUCUCAGAUACGCAGGCAUUUGUAACAGCGUCUCUCCUCGGCUCAGCAACUCCUUUUGCACAUGCCUGUCUUGUGCUCUGAGAAUGGCUGUAAUAACACGGGUUUCAGGGUAGCAGCCGUGUUAGUCUGUAUCCUCAAAAAGAACAGGAGUACUUGUGGCACCUUAGAGACUAACAAAUUUUUGGUAGGAUGUCCAUCGGCUUGCAUUUGGAAAGGAAGAUGAUGUCUGUCUGUAUCUGUUAGUCUCUAAGGUGCCACAAGUACUCCUGUUCUUUUUGUAAUAAUACGUGUCUACAUCAGAGAUGGAGACAUCAGUCAGGUACACUAAACAGAGGAAACAGUGGUUUAGAAGUGGGAUGUGUAAUCUGUAGGAGCAUCAAGCCAAUGGUGGUUUACAGCACAUGCCAAAAUUGGCACACGUCACACCCCUGGAUGGAUUCACUCUGCAAGGAAACUCCUGCAGGAUGCUUAGACAGCACUAUCUGUGCUUUUUGACACAAGUGCAGGUUCGGGGAGAGGCUGGUCAGCCUCACUGCUAACUUCUCAUUUGACAGCUGGCGGGUUAAACAUUUCAACAUGUAAAUGCUCUAAAAAUGAUGCGGUCUCAUUGAUAAACUCAAUCCGUUAGCAUGCGAGGUGGAAAAUACAAAAACCUCCUUGGGCAGAACUCUCCUUGUGUGAACACCAGUGUGGCUCUGUUAACUUCCCUAGAAGCAUGUUUGAUUUAGGCUGGCAAGGGAGGAGAAUCAGACACUCUGUGUGUAGAAGCCUGUACAGUAAUAUGCCAGUGCUUGUCUUGCGAUGCUAUUAUUGUAGUUUAGUGAAAACUGUCUGCUUUUUCACUGCUAUUAUGGACUCAAGUGAAUUUCCAGCAGCCCAGGCAGGACUGGCUCCAGGCACCAGCCGACCAAGCACGUGCUUGGGGCGGCACCU